CCUUAUAUGAAAUUAGGCGACGUCGUUUUACACUGAAUCUAUCUAUCUAUCUAGGUCUGAAAGAACAGUGCUCGUGCCCCAAAUCAACAGAAGAUGAAUGGUGAUCUUGUAAGAGUAAGAAGAGACUAGAAAUUGGAGCUCGAAGAGACUCAAUAAAAACUAAAAUCAAACUAGAAAUGUCAUCAAUUGGUGAUGACAUUGAUAUUAUCAGCACUUUACCAGACGCUGUCAUAUGUCAUAUUCUCUCUUUUCUCCAAACCAAACAGUCUGUUGCCACCAGCGUUCUUUCAAAGAGGUGGUUCGAUCUCUGGCGUUCAGUUCCAGUUCUCAAAUUCAAGUAUGUGGAGUUAUUUGACCGAGAAACCUAUUUUCUUUUUAAUGAAUUUGUGUACUCAGUUUUGCUCUCGCGUAAUUCCAUCAAGAGUUGUUUCCUCGACAUUUGGUAUGAUGAUCCCGAUCUUGCCCGUCAAGGUAUUCCCAAUGUCAUCAAAUGGAUCAAUUAUGUGGUACAACAUGGAGUUGAGCUCCUACAAAUCUACAUAGGCGCUGUAAAUUUCAUUCCCAAAUUCCCCAUUGGCAUUCUCAGUUGUAGGACCCUUGUUGUUCUCCAGUUUGAGGAGUUGGUUGUCAAGGGUUUUUCUUCCAUUACACUCCCUUCUCUCAAAAGCCUUCGUUUUAACGAUAUUAAGUUCACAAAUGUUCAAGAUUUACUAUUGCUUUUGGCUGGAUGUCCGAUUCUUGAGGAUUUGCGAGCAAGUUAUUUACUGUUCGACUCUGAAGACACUCUUACCUAUCAAGAGCGUGAAAGCUUAAGCUUAAACAAGUUGACCAAAGCAAAUUUGGGUUACACUUUUUGUCACUUUCCCUUGAAAGCACUUCAAACUGUGGAGCAUUUGUUCAUAGAAAUAAAUAAGGUGUAUCGCGGUUGUGACGAAAUUCCUACCUUUCAUAAUUUGACCAACUUGGGUCUUUACUCUAUCAACUAUAAUUGGCAUUUGUUAGUAAAUGUGCUCAAGCACUGUCCUAACCUUCAAAUUGUUGUGCUUAGUCAGGGCACCGCCAAUGGGGGAAUACAAGAUGUCGUGGAAAAUAAUUGGGUGGACCCAAUAUUUGUUCCGCAAUGCCUUUCAUUACAGCUUAGAACUUGCAAACUUCUGAACUUCUUAGGCCAAGAAGGCGAGCUUCUAUUUGCAAAAUAUAUUUUGAAGAAUGCAAGAGUUUUGCAAACCAUGAAAAUCCAUUGCAGCGAAGACCUCAAAAUAGAAAGAGAGUUAUUCUCAUGCCCAAGGGCCUCUACUAUAUGUGAUGUUAUUAUUAAAUCUGUAUGUAAGUAGUACUUCUAUUAACUUGUACCAUGCAAUUGCUAGGUUUCAUGCUUUUAUUUGUAGAGCUGAUUUUAACAUGUUCAUGACUUCAACUAAAUCUAUGUUGUCCAUUUUUUGGUUAGUUGUACGUUAACUUAUGAUUCCAAUGCAUGGCGAUAUGGUUGGAGAGUGAAA